AUGAGGCAUCAUAUGCUGAAGUUGCUCUUCGGAGUAGGCUUGCUCGCCUUUGUCAAAUGUGGACCACCUGGAAAACCCUCCCUUGGUUGGGGAGAGAGAGUCUUCUCGAUAGUUGAAGUUAACCAAGCGGCAACUGCUUACAACCAGCUCGUCAAGAAGAAAGAUGCAGCAGAAGUCACAGUGACGUGGAACGUUUGGUCAGGAGAUCCGGCUGAUAAAGCUAGAGUCCUACUUAACGGCGAAGAAUAUUGGUCCGGCCCUUCGGGAGUGUCAUCGACUGCUACGUUCAAAGUAAAAAAGGGUGGGAAAUAUCAGAUGAAGGUCGAGGUGUGUAAUUCCGAUGGCUGCAGCUCUAGCGAUCCUACGGAGAUAAUCGUGGCAGACACGGAUGGCAGCCAUUUGCCUCCAUUAGAUUAUUCAAUAGGAGAGAAGAACAAACCAUUUAAGCAGACUUCAGGAAAAGUGGUUGGGGCGUACUUUGUUGAAUGGGGUGUAUAUCCAAGGAAGUUCCCAGUCGACCGUGUUCCAAUUCCUAACUUAACUCAUCUUCUGUAUGGUUUCAUACCGAUUUGCGGAGGUGAUGGUAUUAACGAUAGUUUAAAAGAAAUCGAAGGCAGUUUUCAAGCUCUUCAGCGCUCUUGCAGCGGCCGUGAAGAUUUCAAAGUCUCUAUUCAUGACCCUUGGGCUGCACUGCAAAAACCACAAAAAGGACUGUCCUCUUGGAAUGAACCGUACAAAGGCAAUUUUGGUCAGCUUAUGGAGCUCAAACAAGCGAGACCCGAUCUUAAGGUACUUCCGUCUAUUGGUGGCUGGACUCUCGCUGAUCCUUUCUUCUUCUUCACCGAUAAAACAAAGAGAACUCGCUUUGUUGACUCUGUUAAAGAUUUCCUCCAAACCUGGAAGUUCUUUGACGGCGUGGAUAUCGAUUGGGAGUUCCCUGGUGGCAAAGGUGCCAACCCAAAUCUUGGCAGUCCGGAAGAUGGACAAGUUUACGUUGAGCUCAUGAAAGAGCUUCGUGAAAUGUUAAAUGAGCUUUCACAAGAAACCGGUAAGAAGUACGAGCUGACCUCUGCUAUCAGCGCUGGAUGGGAUAAAAUCCAAGUUGUUGACUACAAUGAAGCACAAAAAUACAUGGAUCAUAUAUUCCUCAUGAGCUACGAUUUUAAAGGCGCCUGGUCCAAUGACACACUUGGUCAUCAGACACCACUUUACGCUCCCGCUUGGAAACCAAAAGAAACUUAUACCACUGACUUUGGUGUGAAAUAUUUACUAGCUCAAGGAGUUAACCCUAAAAAGAUUGUUGUUGGUGUAGCUAUGUACGGCCGUGGGUGGACCGGUGUUAACGGGUACGUUGAUAACAACCCGUUCACUGGUACCGCAACAGGACCAGUUAAGGGCACAUGGCAAGACGGUGUGGUUGAUUACAGAGAGAUUGCGAAUGAAAUUGCAAUGGGAAAAUGGGAAUUCCACUACGACAAUGUUGCACAAGCACCAUAUGUGUUCAGGCCCUCGACAGGUGACCUAAUUACUUACGAUAAUCCGCGAUCGGUUAUUGAGAAAGGUAAAUAUGUAAGAAAUAAUAAGUUGGGUGGUCUAUUCGCGUGGGAGAUAGAUGCAGACAAUGGUGACCUAUUAAAUGCUAUGAAUAUGGGUUUAGGGAACAGUCAAACGUGA